GUCCAGUAAUCCUCUAGAAGUCAGACGUCUCUCACCACAAUUGGAGUAGAAGCAGUUUUACUCUUUGAUCAGAUGAGAGCUGUUAAGAUGAAAUUAAAAGUGAGGGCCAUCAUGUCACUGCUGUGUGUGACUACUAUCUGUGUGUCUUGGAGAGGAUACACGUCAUACUCCCUGCCUCAGGACGAAAGCCCCUGUGCUUGUGAACGAUGUAUAUCUGAAGACGAUCCGUGGUUCAUGCAGCGUUUCAACAAAUCUGUUGAACCAUUUUUGUCAGCAGACCACAAUCUCUCAGAGGACACUUUCAACUGGUGGAAGGGUUUACAGGGUGAAAAGGGCAACUUGAGUACCUUCAGAGCAACAGUGGACAGACUGUUUCUGAUGGUCCCACCCAUUCCAGAUGUUCUAGAAUCCAGGCCUGACCGCUGCAGGACUUGUGCUGUGGUGGGGAAUUCUGGUAAUUUGAGGAGAGCCCGUUAUGGACCUCUCAUUGAUUUCCAUGACAUCAUCAUAAGAAUGAACGAGGGUCAAACCAAAGGCUUUGAAGCAGACGUUGGGACCAGAACAACUCAUCGUAUCAUGUAUCCAGAGAGUUCCGUGGAGAGUAUAGAGAACACCACUCAUCUUGUGCUGGCUCCAUUUAAGACAAUUGAUUUUGUUUGGCUCAUGGAGGCUCUCACUACAAGAUUUAAGGAAAUGCCAGAAUGGAUAGUAAGAAGAGAGAUGAAAGCCAACAAGUAUUUAGUGAUGAUCCUUAAUCCAGCUUUCAUGAGGUACGUUCAUUACAUGUGGCUGGAAAAGAAGGGCUAUUACCCCUCCACUGGCUUUCUGGCUUUGGUUCUUUCCCUGCAUAUUUGUGACGAGGUCAGUGUGUUUGGCUAUGGAGCGGACAGCGAUGGAAACUGGAGUCAUUACUGGCAACAACUCGCAAACAAAAAGAUAAAAACUGGAAGUCAUCCUGGAAAAACAGAGUAUAGUAUAAUCCAGGAGCUAGAUGAGCAACAUAAAGUCAAGUUUUAUAAGGGGUUCUGAUCUUUCUCUUAGCAUUUAGAGGAAGGUUAGUAGUAGGUGACAGGGGAAGAACAUGAAGGGCUUCCUGAGCUGCAGAUUGUCUCUUCAGACAGAUACCCAUCUUUGUGUUUUUGUACAUGUGUGUAAAUGUCUUGAGUUUAAAAGGCAAACACCACUUUUGAAGGAUUAUUUGCAUGCAUUAAUGACAUGUGAAAACACAAUGUGUUUAUAUACUCUAUAUACUCUAUAAAUCAAACUAUAAAAUGCAGAAGGUCUGAUUGUGAAAAAUAGAAUUAAAGUCCAUUAGCUGUUGCUCCUCGUCCGUGUAUUCAGGCCCGAAUAGGUAGGGGAGAGCCGGGACAGUUGAAACACUUUUUAAUUAAACGUAAUUUACAAAGCGGUCGUAUUGCACUGAAAGCUAAUAUUUUGUCACAAGCAACCUACACCUGUCAUCUGUCAAAUACAGUUGCAUUUUCAGCUUUGAAAAAAAACGUUCAAGAGUUAUUACAGCAAAAGUGAGAUGUACGUAAUGUUUCAUCUGUCCCUCCUGGAGGGGACGAAUGAAACAGCAUGGGGGGACGAAUGAAACAUACGGUUUAAGCCAUACAAAUCUGUGUCAAAACAUCUUCUUGUGAAUAGGAAAGGUUAGGAUAAUGGCAAAGUAUACCAAACCUAAUUUAAUGUAUUUACUGACGUGAUUCCAGAUGCAUGUACUCCUGUUUUAACUUAUUGUAUUAUUCUCUAUGUGUUACUUGUUGCCAAAUGCAGGUCAAUGUGAAGCACUUGAAUUGACCUGUUAUGAAAUUAGCUAUGCCAAUGAAAUUCCCUUAAACUUACCUGAAACGUUUCCAUUAAAAACUGUGAAUGUGUGUCCCGAAUAUUUAGCUCCAGAAGAUAAAUGAAAUGAGUCCAUCACAUUGCAUCCCAGGACAUUCUCACAGAUUAUGUAUGAAUGUUUUUUUUACUUUUUUUUAUUUUUACUAUACAUUUUUUUAUGGUGGAAAUAAUGGGGGUGGCAGUAGCUCAGUCCGUAGGGAGUUAGGUUGGGUUGCUGGUUCAAGUCCCCGUACGGACCAAAAUGUACGGAGAGUGGAUUGGUACCUGGAGAGAUGCCAGUUCUCCUCCUGGGCACUGCCAGGUGCUCUUGAGCAAUGCACCGCACCCCCCCAACCAAUCAGAGCGCUGUUCUAGCACUGGCAGCUCACUCACUCCGACAUCUCUCCAUUAGUGAAUGAAUAGGUCCUGAGCAUGUGUGUGUGUGUGUGUAUUUCAGCCCUGUGUGUAGUGAUUACUAACAAAACA